UGUCCACGGCCGCGUCAGCUUCUGCGUCACUUCCGGUGCGACUUCCUGCGCAGAACAUGGCGGCGCUGAGCGGUGUCCGCUGCCUGACCCGAGCGCUGGUCGCCGCCCGGAGCCCUGGGGCAUGGAGAAGCCUGAGUACGUCGUCCGUGGUGCACGCCGCCUCGCCGAACCAGGCUGAGGAUCUGCGGGUGGAGGGUGCCUUUCCCGUGACCAUGCUGCCGGGAGAUGGCGUGGGGCCGGAGCUGAUGCAUGCGGUCAAGGAGGUGUUCAAGGCUGCUGCUGUCCCGGUGGAGUUUCAGGAGCACCACCUGAGCGAGGUGCAGAAUAUGGCGUCCGAGGAGAAGCUGGAGCAGGUGCUCAGUUCCAUGAAGGAGAACAAGGUGGCCAUCAUUGGAAAGAUCCAUACCCCGAUGGAGUAUAAAGGGGAACUGGCCUCCUAUGAUAUGCGGCUGAGGCGCAAGUUGGACUUGUUUGCCAACGUGGUCCAUGUGAAGUCACUUCCUGGAUACAAGACUCGGCACAACAAUCUAGACCUGGUGAUCAUUCGAGAGCAGACAGAAGGGGAGUAUAGCUCCCUGGAACAUGAGAGUGCAAGGGGCGUGAUUGAGUGCUUGAAGAUUGUCACUCGAACCAAGUCUCAGCGGAUUGCCAAGUUCGCCUUUGACUAUGCCACCAAGAAGGGGCGGAGCAAGGUCACAGCCGUCCACAAGGCCAACAUCAUGAAACUUGGAGAUGGGUUGUUCCUGCAGUGCUGUGAGGAAGUCGCUGAACUGUACCCCAAAAUCAAGUUUGAGACCAUGAUCAUAGAUAACUGCUGCAUGCAGCUGGUGCAGAAUCCUUACCAGUUUGAUGUGCUCGUGAUGCCCAAUCUCUAUGGGAACAUUAUCGACAAUCUGGCUGCUGGCCUGGUGGGGGGAGCUGGCGUGGUCCCUGGGGAGAGCUACAGUGCCGAGUAUGCCGUGUUUGAGACGGGUGCCCGGCACCCAUUUGCCCAGGCAGUCGGCAGGAAUAUAGCCAACCCCACGGCCAUGCUGUUGUCCGCUUCCAACAUGCUGCGGCAUCUCAAUCUCGAGCAUCACUCCAGCAUGAUCGCGGACGCCGUGAAGAAGGUGAUCAAAGUCGGCAAGGUGCGGACUCGAGACAUGGGCGGCUACAGCACCACAACCGACUUCAUCAAGUCUGUCAUCGGCCAUCUGCACCCCCAUGGGGGCUAGAGCCCUUUAUUCCCAACCUCACAAGGACCAUACAUCCCUUCAGUGCAGUGGACCAGGGAAGAGCCCUUGAGCCUCUAGACAGUGGACCAUACCCACCUCUGGGCAGAGCCUAGGUUGUCCUGGGGCUGGCUCCUUAGGGACCUGAGUUGGUGGGGGGGGCCGCUGGGGGUGGGGCCCAGGCUGCAGGAUGAUGAUGAUUCUCACCCACAGGUUCGAACCUCUGACAUGGGUGGCUAUGCCACCUGCCACGACUUCACUGAGGCUGUCAUUGCUGCCCUGCCCCACUAGGCCCUGCCCUUCCCAUUAUCAUGCUUGUACAAGGUGUUCAAUAAAACAUUGGUCUGUCA